AUGUCUUCUGUAUUGUACAUAUUGAAUGAGAAUCUUGAGCCAUUAAUAUCUAGGAAUAUAAGGGCUUUGCCCUCUACCGAUCUCCCUAUUGCUCAAUUUAGAAAGUUAUACCACCCCGGUUCUCCACCAGUGAUACGAGGGAGCCAUGAUACCUUUGAGUACAUGUAUCAAAGUUUUUCUUAUGUUUACAUACGAAGAGACUCACUGUUUUUUGUAAGUUUGGUGGAUAAUACUGUUGAUAUUAUGGAGACAUUGCAUUAUUUAGAACAAUUCUAUCUAUUACUGAAGAAUUAUUUUACAGUCAAAAUGCUAGAUAAGAAUUUAAUAUUAGACAAUCCUAUUCUAGUGAUGGAACUACUAGAUGAAAGUAUAGAUUUUGGAUUUAUUCAAGUAACUGAUGCAGGACUAAUCAAAGAUUACAUUCGUGUGAAAAUCAAUGUACCAGAGAUUGAUGAGAAGAAUAAACAAUUGAAUCUCAAUGGAGGUAAACACCAUCAAAACGAGUAUGACGAUGAAGAUGAUAUGUUUGGAAGUGAAAGUGAUGAAGGAAGAAAGAAAAUACAAAAACAAAGAAGGAAAUUAAAACAUCGUUCUAAAAGUACCACUAAAAGAGAGUUAGGUCAUCUAACCAAGAAAGUCAUUCAAACAUGGAAAGGAGACAAGAAGAAAAGGGGCCAAUUGGCUAACGAUGACGACGAUCAUGACGGAGAAGGGCACGAUGAGGAUGAGGAUGAUACCUUUAUGAAUAGUGAUAUUGCUAAGACUACCGUGAUGGCAAUCUCGUGGAGAACCAAAGGGAUACAUUACGCUAAAAAUGAAUUUUACUUGGAUGUGAUUGAGAAGAUAGAAUAUUAUAUGGAUUAUGAAAGUCAAACAGUUAGAAAAAAUACAAUACAUGGACAAAUAGUUUGUAAAUCAUUUUUGUCAGGAAUGCCAGAACUACAUGUUUCAAUAAAUAAGAUUCUAAACAAGGACAAACAAUUUUUAUCGAGUUGUAAAUUCCAUCAAUGUGUAUCUUUGGAAUCCAUCGAAGACGGUAAAGAGAUCAUAUUCACCCCCCCUGAUGGAGAUUUUAUUCUAUGUUCGUACGAAUUGAAACGCCAUGUUCGGGAUCAACCUAUUAUCAAAUUAAGUCAAUUUGAAUUAAAACCGAAAUUAAACAAAUUUAAAUUGCAAAUUCAUUGUACUGUAGAAUCCCAUUUUAAACCUACAAAUAUCACAUCCAAAUUAAAUGUACAGAUCCCACUUAAACAACUAUUUAAAAAAUACAAAAUAGAUCUGAGUAAAAAUAUCAAAUCUAAAUGCGAUGAAGGGAAAGUUCUAUUCAAUGUCAGUGACGAUUUCUUAUUGUGGGAGAUUGGUGCAAUGAAAGGUGGCCAUGGGGAAAAUCAACUCUCCAUGGUUGUAGAGUUUGCACUUUUCAACCAAGAAGAAUACGAUAGAAAACAAGAAGAGUUACGGACCUCUAUGAAUCCACCACCUUUAGUCAAGGGAAUUAAAUUAGAGGAAAUAUACCAACAAAUACAUGCGGAUGAAACUGAUGCUACUGAAGAGACUCCUGUACCAAAUAAAAGAGAACAGGAAAAAGCACAACUACUGCACAUCAACUUUGAGAUUCCAUAUUCAACUUUAAGUGGCAUCAAUAUCGAAUACUUGAAGAUCGAGGAACCUCAACUACAAUACCAAUCGUUUCCCUGGGUUCGUUACAAGGCGAUCAACGACGAGGAGUAUGCCUAUGCUGUAUAA